AUGGACAAAAAGUAUCCAGAGGUGAUUCUAGAAAUAGACCAACUGAAGGCCAUCAAGAAAUCAAUCAUGGAGGAAGUCAUGGCGCUGGGAAAAGAGGACGCUAUAAAGCCUAACUUCCAGCAAUCACAUAUAAGGCCAGGCUGGCUUGAUCUGACAUGCUUUGAUAAAGCCACUGUUGAGUGGCUCAGAAACAUCCAGCCAAAAUUGAAACCCUGGGAGGGAGCUGACUUGAGGAUUGCUGAAGAGGCAGAACUGCCUCACCUGGAGAUCCUAGUUGGCUAUCUCCCAGAAAGUCAGGAUCUCUCCUGCGAGGAAAUUUUCAAGCUGGUUGAGAACCAUAAUGAAGGGCUCAAAACCUCCAGCUGGAGGGUCCUUCGAAGGGGACCAUCAGGACCCAUGCACGAAAUCGUCAUCUCGGAUGAUAGAGCUUCGGUCGAAAGACUUCGAGCACAAAAUUGGCGAAUAAAUUACCUAUUCGGCCAAUCAAAUCUUCGCCUUAAGGGAUCGAAAGCAACGGUGGAGAGGAGAGAGGCACCUCAGGCCUCAACCUCUGGUCCGGAAAGGCCUAAGGGGGAGGAAACGGAGAAGGUGGUGAAGCCUCCAGGCAAUGAAGAGGCCACCAAACCGACCAACAAGUCUGGGAGGAGGGCUGUGCCGCAAAGGCAUGAGACGGGGGGCCCAGCGGAGUAA